AUGAAUUUUGACCAGAAGGUGGUGAAAUUCCUGGCAAAUUUUCAUAUCAAUGGAGGCAGACACUGGACCCAUGGCUCCCUGAAGCAGAAGCCACCUGUGACUUCCCAGCUCAAUGCUACUGUGCUGUUGUCAGGCCUGGAACCAGGGCUGGGGGCCUCCAGGGAGGAGAUGUGGCCCCCAGCGGUGCAGGAGCUCCAGGUGGGGCUCAGGACGCAAACCAGCCCCCUCCAGGAGCCCCUUACUCGGAACCUGAGGGAGCUGUUGCUGGAGCAACGCCCUCCCAUUGUGACCGACCUGCAUGUUCCUGGCCCCACCAAGUACCAGGUGCCAGACGCAUCAGUGCGAGAGUCCUCCCCACACCCCCACUUCAGCAUCGGCUGCAGGCACCCCACCCACGAAGGUGGUGGCCGCAGGGCGUGGCAGACUGUGUGGUUCCAGAGUGAAAGCCCCUUCACUCAGAAAGCUGACUUCAGUCGAGAGCAGAAGUGGCCAUCGCCUGCGGACUACCAGCUGCCCAGCCCGCCUGCGUGCCCGGCCUUCAGCUUCAGGGGCCGCCCUACCUCCAGGCCACCUGAGGUCCAAGCCCGCCAGGGGGUGCUGCAGGCCUGGGGCAUGGGGCCCCGGGGCCAGCCCCUCCUGCAGGCCCCUCCGCCCACAGGGGACAAGACGGGCCCUGGCCCCAGCACCUACAACAUCCUUCCCGGCUGCCGUCUGAAGGGCCCGUGCCCACCUGCCUUCUCCAUGGGUCGCUCGCCCCUGCUGGCGUCCUGGGUGGGCUCCUGUAAGGGGGUGGAGGCGGGGGACGGGAGGGGUGGGCCUGGGCAGCACAGACCCCCUCCUCUGUUUCUUCUGUCCAAGCUCAACCCUUUCAACAGGUACCACGAGAGCUACUCCCACGGUGCUGGCAUCAUCCCUUUCCGCAGGGAGGCCAAGGACAGGGGAGGAGUCUGGUCUUUGCGACAGUUCUGUGGCGUGAGCUUCUUCGGGUUGGACAGGGAGGAAAGCAAGUUCCAGGAUGAGAGGGUCCUGCAGCUGGCGGGCGCUGAGCGAGGGGAAGCUGGCCCCGGGAGGUUGGGCGGGGCCGCGCAGGAGGGCCGGGCGGGACCGGUGGGCGGGGCUUCGGCGGCGACCCAUGCGUCAUCCGGGAACCGCCUUCGCGCUCUGUCUCUGCUGGGCGCGGGACGCGACGUUCCUCCCGGGAACCCCUGCGCGACGGCGGCGGCGUUUCCGGGGAGCCCGUUGGCGGGCGGACCUGGCUGCGAGGAGCGGAAGUGGGCAGUUGCGGGGAGAGCGGAGCGGCGCCUCGGGAGGGACCUGGCCGAGCUGGAGGGCGCCGGGGAGCGGAGCGCGGGCGGCCCCCGAGGCCCGGGCGAGAGGACCAAUGCAGGGCCCGUGGCGAGCGCGGCAGCGCCGGGGGAGCGCGGCGGGGAUGGGGCGCCGGGCCGGGUGGGGACCGGGGCCUCGGCCCUGUUUGCGGGGCUGCAGGAUCUGGGUGUGGCCAACGGGGAGGACCUGAAGGAGACGCUGACCAACUGCACGGAGCCGCUCAAGGCCAUCGAGCAGUUCCAGACAGAGAACGGCGUGCUCCUGCCUUCCCUGCAGUCCGCCUUGCCUUUCUUGGACCUGCACGGGACGCCGCGGCUGGAGUUCCACCAGUCGGUUUUUGAUGAGCUUCGGGACAAGCUGCUGGAGCGUGUGUCCGCCAUCGCUUCAGAGGGGAAGGCCGAGGAAAGGUAUAAGAAACUGGAGGACCUCCUGGAGAAGAGUUUUUCUCUGGUGAAGAUGCCGUCUCUGCAGCCAGUGGUGAUGUGCGUGAUGAAGCACUUGCCCAAGGUUCCUGAGAAGAAGCUGAAGCUGGUGAUGGCCGACAAGGAGCUGUACCGGGCUUGCGCGGUGGAGGUGAAGCGGCAGAUCUGGCAGGACAACCAGGCGCUCUUCGGGGACGAGGUCUCCCCGCUGCUGAAGCAGUACAUCGUGGAGAAGGAGAGCGCGCUCUUCAGCACGGAGCUCUCUGUCCUGCACAACUUCUUCAGCCCUUCCCCCAAAACCCGGCGCCAGGGCGAGGUGGUGCAGAGGCUGACGCGGAUGGUGGGGCGCAACGUGAAGCUCUACGACAUGGUCCUGCAGUUCCUGCGCACGCUCUUCCUGCGCACCCGCAACGUGCACUACUGCACGCUGCGCGCCGAGCUGCUCAUGUCCCUGCACGACCUGGACGUGGGCGACAUCUGCUCCGUGGACCCCUGCCACAAGUUCACCUGGUGCCUGGACGCUUGCAUCCGAGAGCGGUUCGUGGACAGCAAGAGGGCCCGCGAGCUACAGGGCUUCCUUGACGGAGUGAAGAAGGGGCAGGAGCAAGUCCUAGGGGACCUGUCCAUGAUCCUGUGUGACCCCUUCGCCAUCAACACCCUGUCUCUGAGCACUGUCAGGCACCUGCAGGAGCUGGUGGGCCAGGAGGUGCUACCCAGGGACAGCCCGGACCUCCUCUUGCUGCUCCGGCUGCUGGCGCUGGGCCAGGGCGCGUGGGACAUGAUCGACAGCCAGGUCUUCAAGGAGCCCAAGAUGGAGGUGGAGCUGGUCACCAGGUUCCUGCCCACGCUCAUGUCCUUCGUGGUGGAGGACCACACCUUCAACGUGGAUCAGAAGCUCCCAGCCGAGGAGAAGGCCCCGGUCACGUACCCAAACACACUGCCGGAGAGCUUCACCAAGUUCCUGCAGGAGCAGCGCAUGGCCUGCGAGGUGGGGCUGUACUACGUGCUGCACAUCACCAAGCAGAGGAACAAGAACGCGCUGCUGCGCCUGCUGCCGGGGCUCGUGGAGACCUUCGGCGACCUGGCGUUUGGGGACAUUUUCCUGCACCUGCUCACGGGCAGCCUAGCCCUGCUGGCCGACGAGUUCGCCCUGGAGGACUUCUGCAGCAGCCUCUUCGAUGGCUUCCUCCUCACCGCCUCCCCAAGGAAGGAGAGUGUGCAGCGGCACGUCCUGCGGCUCCUGCUGCACCUGCACCACCGGGUGGCCCCGUCCAAGCUGGAGGCGCUGCAGAAGGCGCUGGAGCCCACGGGCCAGAGUGGAGAGGCGGUGAAGGAACUGUACUCCCAACUUGGAGAGAAGCUGGAGCAGCUGGACCACCGGAAGCCCAGCCCAGCCCAGGCCCCCGAGACGCCAGCCCUGGAGCUGCCCCUGCCGGCGGUACCUGCCCCGGCUGUGCUCUGA